UAAAACAAAACCAUUUUUCAUCCUUUGAUCGCCGGUCCGCGUCGUGACCCCGGUUGCGACAAAGAUCAUGGGUCUUUCCACAUUACAUGUUGAGAUCGUGGGUUAAUGCUCCCCAACAUUCUCCACUCGUAACUGACCCCUCUUUAUGAGCUCAAGAACGUGGAUGUGUUCUUCAUACCAAAUAUAGGUGCUCGAUAGGGAUUUCGAGGAAGGCUCAUUGUUCUUGCCGAUGUGCUCAUCUCCUCUCCCCUUGUAUGCUUUUAGGAACUCUUGGUCCUCUUAAGCAUGUAUGAUGCUCUUCGAGCUAAGAUAAUGUGUACUCUCAAUGCCACAUGCUUGAACACGUGUCAUGCUCUCAUUGGAGGUUAUGUUGGGUAACAUCCACUAGUUUUCAAAGUUUAACUUUCUUCAUAAUUCUCUCUAGAUGACAGGAUCCAGGAAGAGAGUCAAGUGCGGACCUUCCAUCGAGUCACUCACCACAAACCUCAGACCAUUUACACCACAAAAGCUGCCGGGUGUCAGAUGAAGUUCCCGUUGCAGGUAGUAGGGAAAGAACAGAAGGCAAUCAAAUUCUUUCUAUUUGAGAGAGGGCUGCUGUUUUCUAGUAGCCUGAACAGAAUGGAACGUGCCUUCCCGCAUCGCUUUCUUGAGGUGAAUCAUUUCCUUCUUUAUGCUGGUGUGAAUCGAGUCAGGCCAAUCAAGGCUGAAGCCAGUGGCAGGAAGCAACGGAUUCGGGAAAGGCUAAGAAAGCUGUAGGUUUUGUAGUGAGUGUGCUCCCAUUCUUGAGAUAAGGAAGGUAAGAAUAUAAAGAGAGGAGGAUCACUUCAGCUGAAAAGCGCUUGGCUUGCGUGAACCGGGAGAUCAAGAUAUUUUGAUCUUUACAACGGUAGGGGAACCAGCCUAACCUACAGUCAAGAACCUCUUAUGGGGCAUCUCAUCUACUUUAUUUUCUCAGAUCCUAACUCAGGGAGUUUAACUUGCUUCAUAAUUCUCUCUAGAUGUGUUGUUUUCGUAACACAGAAAGAAGUCGUGAAAAAAGGAAAAAAUGUCUCUACUUCAAAGUUCCUUGCAUAUGCUCUCAUGGCUCCUUGUUUCAUCCUUGUUAUCAUCAUCAGCGGAAGUGGCAAACUCCAAGCCUGGAUGCCAGAAGAAUUGUGGAAACCUUACAAUUCCCUAUCCAUUUGGCAUUGGGGAAGGUUGUUCUUUAUCUGAAGAAUUCAGCAUAACCUGCAACAAUUCCUACAACCCACCAAGAUCAUAUUUAGGCAUGAUUGAGAUUGAGGUAGUAGAUGUUUCUUUUGAUGAUUUACGCAUAAAGAAUGAAGUGGCUUAUAAGUGCUACAAUGAAUCACAUCCAGUAAAUACUGGGGAUAUUUUUUCUGACAUCCAAAUCAACUUGACUGGUACCCCAUUCACAUUCUCAGACACAGCAAACAGAUUUACUCUCGUUGGAUGUAAUUCCAUGGCUCUGUUACUUGGUUACAAUAACACUAUGACUGGGUGCAUCUCAACAUGCAAUAACACAAAGGAGGUGGAUAGUGGGUCUUGCUCAAGCUUUGGCUGCUGCCAGACUCCGAUUCCUAAAUACCUUGAUGUACUUGUAACCUUGUUAAUGAAUGUAUAUAACGACAGCAAUAGCUGGACCUUCAACCCUUGUACAUAUGCAUUCAUCGUUGAUCAAGACAGUUACACCUUCGAUGCAUCUGAUCUUUACGGACACCUCGAUUCCUUGGAAAAGUUCAGAAAUACUUCAGUGGUUCUUGACUGGGCAAUAGGUAAUGAAACAUGUCAUGAAGCUCAGAAGAAUUUGGCAACAUACAUCUGUCAAGGGAAUAGCCUCUGUCGAGAAGCAGCCCCUCGUGGUUAUCGCUGCAUCUGCAAAACUGGUUACGAAGGGAAUCCUUAUCUCAAUCCUGGAUGCACAGAUAUCGACGAGUGUGCCGAUCCAAACAUAUGUGAAGACAAGUGCAUAAAUCUACCAGGAAGUUAUCAAUGCAUUCCAGAAAAUACAGGAUUUCCGAUCAAGGCUACUAUAGGUCUUGGGUUCAGUUUGUUUUUUGUUAUUGUGGCCAUCCCCUGGCUAUACUUCUUCAUAAAGAGACGAAAGCUCAUUAAGCUAAGAGAAAGGUUCUUCCAGCAAAAUGGUGGUAUGUUAUUGCAACAACAGAUUGCCUGCCAAGAAGGUUCCACAGAGUCCCAACAAAUUUUUACAGCUAAAGAGUUGGAAAAAGCCUCUGACAAUUAUGCUGAAAGCAGAAUCAUUGGCCGAGGAGGUCAUGGGACAGUAUACAAAGGCUUGUUACCCAAAAGCAAAGUAGUUGCCAUAAAAAAAUCGAAGAUAGUUGACAAGAGCCAAAUCGAACAGUUCAUCAAUGAGGUUGUUAUACUUACUCAGAUCAACCACCGCAAUGUGGUGAAGCUCUUGGGAUGCUGUCUAGAGACCGAAGUCCCUUUGCUGGUUUAUGAAUUCGUCCCCAACUACACUCUCUACGAUCACAUUCAUAAUCACAAUGGCAUUCUCUUCUUAUCAUGGGAAAAUCGUCUAAGGAUAGCUGCAGAAACAGCAUCUGCACUUGCUUAUCUCCAUUCUGCAACUUCAAUCCCAAUCAUUCAUCGUGAUGUCAAGUCUUCAAACAUAUUAUUAGAUAAUAAUUACACUGCAAAAGUAUCUGAUUUCGGAGCAUCAAGACUUAUUCCUCUAGAUGAAUCCCAAGUAACUACACUAGUUCAAGGAACAUUUGGUUACCUGGAUCCUGAAUACUUUCAAACAAGUAAGCUGACAGAGAAGAGUGAUGUCUAUAGCUUUGGAAUAGUUCUACUAGAACUGUUAACUGGGGAAAAGCCCAUAUCUUUUGAGAGACCAGAAAUAGAAAGAAGCUUGUCAUCUCAUUUUAUAUUAUCGAUGCAACGGAAUCGUCUGUUCCAGAUUCUUGAGGUACAAAUUGCAACGGAAGAUAAUCGAGAACAAAUCAUAGCAGUUGCAGAACUUGCAGAGAGAUGUCUGAGAUUGAAGGGAGGCGAAAGACCUACAAUGAAACAAGUUGCUGUUGAGCUGGAAAAAUUAACAACAUUGCAGAGGCAUCCUUGGGAGCAAGCAGAUCACAAGGAAAUUCUUCGCUUGCUAGAUGAACAUGCGCCAAUGGACUUGUACGCUGUAGGAAACUCAUCAUUCAAUCCAUACGAUGGGGCAUCAUCCGGGCACUGCAGUGUCGGGAAUUCUGUGAUAUCAGACAUCACAUUCCCAAGAAAUCCCCAUACCAAACAACCAACAAUAUUGUCUGUUUCGAGUUAUCCGAUUCCUAAUGAUACAUCAAACAUGUACGAGUUUGUUCCUUCCAAACUCAACAAAUUCAUACCACAAUUCUCUUAUCAACCAAAAGACAGAAGUGAAAUACAAAAAAUGUCUCUGCUUCAAAGUUCCUUGCAUAUGCUCUCAUGGCUCCUUGUAUCAUCGUUGUUAUCAUCAUCAGCCGAAGCGUCAGAUUCCAAGCCUGGAUGCCAGAAGAAUUGUGGAAACCUUACCAUUCCCUACCCAUUUGGAAUUGGGGAAGGUUGUUCUUUAUCUGAAGAAUUCAGCAUAACCUGCAACAAUUCUUACAACCCACCAAGACCAUAUUUACGCUUGAAAAGGCUUGAGGUCAUGGAUAUUUCUCAACAUGAUUUACGCAUAAAGAAUGAAGUGGCUUAUGCUUGCUACAAUGAAUCACAUCCUGUACAAACCAACGAGAUUUUGGCUGACACCCCAAUCAACUUGAAUAAUACCCCCUUCACAUUCUCAGACACAGCAAACAGGUUCACCCUCCUAGGAUGUAAUUCCAUGGCUCUGUUAGCUGGUGACAAUAUGAGUCUGAGUGGGUGCAUCUCAAAAUGCAAUCAAACAAACGAUGUGGAUAGUGGUUCUUGCUCAAGCUCUGGAUGCUGCCAGGCCCCGGUUCCUCAAAACCUUAAGGUAUUUCAAACCUUGUUAAUGAAUGAAAAUAACUACAGCAAGAGCUGGACAUUCAAUCCUUGUACAUAUGCAUUUAUCGUUGAUCAAGCCAGUUACUCGUUUGAGGCAUCUGAUCUUUAUGGACACCUCGAUUCCCUUCAAAAGUUCAGAAAUGCUCCAGUGGUUAUUGACUGGGCAAUAGGUAAUGAAACAUGUCAAGAAGCUCAGAGGAAUUUGGGAACAUACCUUUGUCAAAGGAAUAGCCUCUGUCUUGAAUCAGCCUCUCGUGGUUAUCGUUGCAGCUGCAAACCUGGUUAUGAAGGGAAUCCUUACCUCAGUCCUGGAUGCACAGAUAUUGACGAGUGUGCCAAUCCAAACAUAUGUAAAGACAAGUGCAUAAAUCUACCAGGAAGUUAUCAAUGCAUUCCAGAAAAUACAGGAUUUCCGAUCAAGGCUACUAUAGGUCUUGGGUUCAGUUUGUUUUUUGUUAUUGUGACCAUCCCCUGGUUAUACUUCUUCAUAAAGAGAAGAAAGCUCAUUAAGCUUAGAGAAAGGUUCUUCCAGCAAAAUGGUGGUAUGUUAUUGCAACAACAGAUUGCUUGCCAAGAAGGUUCUACGGAGUCCCAAAAAAUUUUUACAGCUAAAGAGUUGGAAAAAGCCUCUGACAAUUAUGCUGAAAGCAGAAUCAUUGGCCAGGGAGGUCAUGGAACAGUAUACAAAGGAUUAUUUCCUGGAAGCAAAGUAGUUGCCAUAAAAAAAUCGAAGGUAGUUGACAAGAGCCAAAUCGAACAGUUCAUCAAUGAGGUUGUUAUACUUACCCAGAUCAACCACCGCAAUGUGGUGAAACUCUUGGGAUGCUGUCUAGAGACCGAAGUCCCUUUAUUGGUUUAUGAAUUCGUCCCAAACUGCAAUCUGUACGAUCACAUUCAUGGUCAAGAUGGCAUUCACUUCUUAUCAUGGGAAAACCGUCUAAGGAUAGCCGCAGAAACAGCAUCCGCACUUGCUUAUCUCCAUUCAGCAACUUCAAUACCAAUCAUUCAUCGCGAUGUCAAGUCUGCAAACAUAUUACUAGAUAAUAAUUACACUGCAAAAGUAUCUGAUUUCGGAGCAUCAAGGCUUAUUCCUCUAGAUGAGUCUCAAGUAACUACACUAGUUCAAGGAACUUUUGGUUACCUAGAUCCUGAAUACUUUCAAACAAGUCAGCUGACAGAAAAAAGUGAUGUCUACAGCUUUGGAGUAGUUCUACUAGAACUGCUAACUGGGGCAAAGGCCGUAUCUUUUGAGAGACCAGAAACAGAAAGAAGCCUGCCAUCUCAUUUUGUAUUGUCAAUGCAACAGAAUCGUCUGUUCCAGAUUCUUGAGGCGCAAAUUGCAACGGAAGAUAAUCGAGAACAAAUUAUAGCAAUUGCAAAACUUGCAGAGAGAUGUCUCACAUUGAAGGGAUGCAAAAGACCUAGAAUGAAACAAGUAGCUGUUGAGCUGGAAAAGUUAACAACAUUUCAGAGGCACCCUUGGGAGCAAGCAGAUCACGAGGAAGUUCUUGGCUUGCUAGAUGAACAUGAGCCAAUGGACUUGUACGCUGUAGGAAACUCAUCAUGCAAUCCUUACGAUGGGGCAUCAUCUGGGCAGUGCAGUGCUGGGAAUUCUGCGAUAUCAGCAAUCACACUACCAAGGUGAUACUUGUGCCUUGUUAGUCUAGUAGGGAUGAAAAUCCUCGAGUACUAUGGAGAUAUUUCCAGUUAGCAAAUCUUUCAAUUGUGAACUACUGCUGCUGGUUCAAAAUAAUGGUUGAGUUUUGGCUUGCAAUGAUACUGAUAAUUGAAGAGAUUAUACCUUAUUUCUUUUGACAUAAGUGCUCUGUAUUUUGAAGUCCAAUAGAGAAAGAAUCCAGCUGCCGGAAGAGUUUGCUAGAGUUACAACUUGAAUUAAGGACAAAAAAGACACGACUUCAAACAUUUUUUUCGCUGCUACAGCCCAGCUAAGUCACUGAUUUCUAGCUUGAGCCUCUUAACACAUUUUUGAUUCAGAGAACUUGAUUUAAGUUUGUAUAAAUGACAUCCCAGAUUUCAAAAUGAGGAUUUCAUGGAUUCUACAA